UCCCUCUGUCCCGUCUGUGGACUGUUGGUGUUUUUAACAGUCGUAAAUGGCCUUCUUCGCUGUCUUUUGGUGAAUUUAACAAAAAAGAAACGACGCUAAAUGUAAGGAAUAGUCGUCGACGGUGAUAUAUGCUGGAUUUAAAUAACCUCGGCGUUUUGUUAACAGAGCCGCAAAGAGCAUCAUCUGAUCCCAGCUCCCACAUCGGAUGUUAGUUUGUCUUUGAAAAUGAAGACGGACAUCCCUUACAACCAGCUGGUGGAUGUGGAGAGGAGGAGACAAGCGUCCAACAGGAAGGCCGUGUUGUACUCCAGGUGUGUGAUAGCUCUGGCCUCUGUGGCCACCGUGCUGCUGGCCGCCAUGGCCCUCUACAACCUCCUCACACCGAGGGUUUCCUCCCCGCACCCUGCCCCGAGCAGCAGCCUCCACCUGUCCCAGAGAGAGUCCUGCUCCGACCCCUGCAACAUCGUUCUGGUGGAGAGCAUCCCCGAGGGUCUGGAGUUUAACUCCAGCACCACUCACCCCUCCAUCUUCCAGGCCUGGACCAACCUGAUGUCUGAGGCUCGCAGCAGCCUCGACAUCGCCUCCUUCUACUGGACGCUCACUAACAAAGACACCGGCACGCAGGAGCCCACAGCCUAUCAGGGUGAGACAGUUCUGAAGAAACUCAGCGAACUCUCAGGAAAGAUUUCUGUUCGCAUCGCUGUCAACACUCCACAGCAGAGUCAACCGCAGGACAACCUCCGACUGCUCAACGACUCAGGAGCCAACAUAAGGACGGUCAACAUGAAGAAACUCACCUCAGGCGUCCUGCACACCAAGUUCUGGGUUGUGGACAAGAAACACAUUUACAUCGGCAGCGCCAACAUGGACUGGAGGUCCCUCACACAGGUGAAGGAGCUGGGCGUCGUCGUCUACAACUGCAGCUGCCUGGCUGCAGACCUCGGGAAGAUCUUUGAGGCGUAUUGGUUUUUGGGGGACAGUCAGUCGAUCCCGUCGCCGUGGCCCAACAGCUUCUCCACCCUUUACAACAAGGACACGCCCCUUCAGCUGCCGCUCAAUGACACGCCGUCCAGCGUCUACCUGUCGAGUUCUCCUCCAUCUUUCUGUGCAGCCGGCCGGACUCAAGACCUCCAGUCCAUCGUCAGCGUGAUGGAGGACGCCGAGAGCUUCAUCUACAUCGCUGUCAUGAACUACCUGCCCACCAUGGAGUUCUCUCAUCCUAAAAGGUACUGGGCGGACAUCGACACUCAGCUGAGGAGAGCGGCAUACGAGAGGCGGGUCAAAGUGCGUCUGCUGAUCAGCUGCUGGGCCAGCACGCAGCCGGUCAUGUUUCCCUUCCUCAAAUCCCUCGCCUCGGUUUACGACCCCAAGAGCAAGCUGGACGUCCAGGUGAGACUGUUUGUGGUGCCUGCCAGCCCCGAGCAGAAGGAGAUUCCCUUCGCCCGAGUGAACCACAACAAGUACAUGGUGACUGACAAGAUAGCUUACAUAGGUACGUCUAACUGGUCAGGUGACUACUUUGUGAGCACAGCUGGAUCUGCGUUGGUGGUGAACCAGACGGCGUCAGAGUCCCAGGAGCCGACCGUCCAAUCACAGCUGAAGGCCGUGUUUGAGAGAGACUGGAGCUCCGACUACAGCACUCCUCUCACCCAGGACGCAAACCUCAGAGACUUGUGUUAGCUUGAACGGCGUGCCUAAGACACUUCUAACCGUGCUUCAAGCGUGCAAUCAUUUGACUUUUUUUUAAUCUGCAUGGAUUCUGUUCAAGUGAGUGAAGGUGGAAGCUCCUCUCGGGGGCGGGGGCAGAGUUUCUGUAGGUUGAAAGGAAGAUAAAAGUGUUCAGCUAGUUGGAGGCAGGUUGGAGAAAAAAAAAGGUCAGCAGUCACAACGUACUGCCACAUUUAACUGUCUUCUCUUCUAAGUAUUUUUAUCAGGUGUGUUUUUGUCAUGUCGUGUUAGUAGCAGUAGGGGGCGCUGUUCUGAGUCACAAGCUGGCUGCAGUGGUCACCCAUCUUUAAGUGAUUUAUCCACCAAUCAUUUUCUGUUUUGAAUUUGAAUAUUGAUGAGUUUUUUAUUUUAUUUUCUCAGCUCAUCUCAGGGAGGAAAGUGUUUGAGUGUUUUCAUGACUUUAUAGUUUGCUGGAAUAAUAAACGAUCUCACAGCAGGUGUGCUGUGCCGGAGCUGUUAAUGAGAUGCAGGAUUUUAAAGUUCUGCUCAUCACGCUCCACUUUAAAAAAAAAAAAAAAAAUCUAGAUUUAAUUUGAAAGUCUGCGGUGCACACACGGGGAGUAAAGGUUUGCAGCAGCAGUAGAUGAGGAUGAACUCUGUUAAUUUCCACUGUGUGGAGUGAUUGAAACUUCCAAUUAGUCAAGAGGCGGUUGUUAUGGCGACUCUCCAAAGAAGCAUGUUUUAUUUUUUGCAGAGCAGGUUUAUAAAAGCUUUGGAGCAGACAUGUUGUACUUGUCAUUACCUCCUUCCUCUUUCUAAAUAAAUGUUCUGAAUCAA